GGGAGUCGUUAGCGCCCAACCGCUCAGCCGCCGCACCUCACAAGUUAUAGAGCCCUAGAGCAAUACACAUUUACAAGCGUUCUAUAACUACGGCUUCGUCAGCCUUUGCCCCGUAUAGCCGAAAAGGAUGUCCAAAUCGAGAGAUGCAUUUAGCAAUGACGAGUCUUGGGACAGAUGGAAUACGCAUCAGACGACUAUGGUAGAACAGGAAGUCUUCGGAACUGUUUUGCGAUUCGUUCAAGACCCAUCGUCGGAGCAUCUGGGGACGACCGUGUGGGAUGCAAGCGUGGUCCUGGCCAAAUGGUUUGAGAAGGCAAGGGAUCACAUUCCCCUUGCAAACCUUACCCAUGAAAACGUCUUCGUCAUCUGGUACUCCAUGUCCGACAGAUGUUCGGCCGCGCAGUCCCGACGCUGUUUCGGAGCCCAUCUUGCCCAUCCCCUCUCCUGUUUUACCCGCUUACCUUCUCUCCCCACCCUUGGCCAUCAGAACAUUCGCAAAGGCGAAUUCGCUCGCGCCAAGGUGCGCGGCAAGCGAGCGAUAGAGCUGGGAGCCGGCAUGGGACUAGCAGGCAUGGCGUUUGCGAUGGUGGGUGCUGACGUGGUGCUGACCGACACGGCCGACGUGUUGGGGCUGCUGCGGAUCAACUACGAAACCAACCUGUCGCCCGCGGCGGUUCGACUGGCACGGGGUCACCAGCACGGCACCUGGGCCGACAGUGCGGGCGGGGUGGAGGUGGCGGAGCUGGACUGGACCAAACCCGAGCAGGUGACCACCCCGCCCAUCCGCCCCCCCUACGACUUCGUGCUGGCGGCCGACUGCAUCUACCACGAAACCCUCACCGAGCACUUCCACCGCGCCGUCAUGGAACUAACCAACGAGAAAUCCACAGUUGUGGUGUGCAACGAGCUGCGCUCCCACAGCGUGCAGGGCCGCUUCAUGUCGCUCUUCUCCGCCACCCACUCCAUCAAGACCGUGCAGCACUCCAAGAUGGACGACACCUACCAGCACCCCAACAUCUUCAUAUACAUCAUGAAGAAGAAGAAAAAGACGCCGACGAGUGGCGCAGCAGCGGCGGGGGCAG